CGAAUUUGGGCUCGUUAAACUUAUUUGACGAGCCGAGCUCGAGCUUUCAUUUUCAUAAACGAGCCGAGCUCAAGCUUGCAUAUUAAAGCUCGUGACGAACACGAGCCGAGCUCGAGCCUGGAAAUAUAUUAACGAGCCGAGCCUGAACUAUGACAAAGUUCGGCUCGACUCGGCUCAAUAACAGCCCUAGUCAUCACUGAUCACCCAAAAUUUCCGAUCUUUCUAUUCUAACUGUGGUUUCACGGUCUCUCGCCGUCUUCUUCUUCCCCGUUUAGAUCGGAAGUUUGAGAUCGUUGAUCUAGCCGUAUCACUCUGAUGGACAACCGGAAAUCGGGUGUAUCGCCGGCGGAGGCAGUCUUACUGGGCGCUCUCGCACCUGGAGUUAACGCACCGACAUGGAAUACCCUGAAAUCGGCGUUCGUGUUGCUGGGUGCGUGUCUCGCUGUGAUGCUCGGUUUAGCUUUCUCUUCGAGCGACUCGGCUUUGGUGCUUCACGUCGGGUUCCUCGUUCUAAUUGCGGCUACGCUGUUCUUUCUUCUCAGCUGGUUUCUGUCUCAGACUGGUCUGGUCUCAAUCGAACACCAAAUGCAAGAAAUGGACCUCGUGCCAAAGGACCGGAAAGACGAGUAAAUCACGCGAAAGAUUGAAGCUUUAUGGUAACCGGACCGUUCUUAGUCAGAAAGAAACAUUCUACUCAGGAUUCCAUUUUGAUUGAAUUGGAAGACACGGUUACAAAUAUGAUCAAUUACAACUACAUUGACGCGGAAAGAACUGAGAAGAAAAGAUGAAGCGAACCGGUAGUGGCUCCCCAGGCAAAGGCGGAGUUGCAUUGUCCUGCAGAGUCACUUUUCCCUUCCCUUGUUCUCCUUAUUGUCGUGCUUUCUCUUCUUGGCCUUGAGGAAGCAGAAACAUGAACAGCAGGGGAAAUUGAAUAGGAGCUUCAUCUCUUUUUCCCACGUUCUGGUGGCUGGCUGGCCUUGAAUGUUUGAGGGGAGAAACGCCAUUUUGCAGUGUGUAUUUAUAUAGAGCUGGUUCUUCGUUGUGUGUACAUUUAGUCUUUUCGUGACCAGGCUUUCUGGGAUGCUAUAUUGAGAUUCCUUUCAUUUGUACAGAUAGACAGAUGGGUCGAUGCACAACUUGUGCAAUUCUUUGAAUUUGAUAAGACUCUGACAGUCGAAGGUUUCGAUUAGAAGCAGCAGCAUAAAGCUCGGGAUAACUUUCCGCAAGAGUACAGCGUGGUAUCCACCUGUCUUUCCAAAAUGAAAUUGUCAUUCCAGAGCCUGGUUUAAUUACUGCAUCUUUCCAGAAGUGGGAGGACACCUUGAUUAUGCGUCGCCAGAUAGAGAUUCACAUUCGACCUGUAUGAACAUCAAAAUUCCAGCAAUCUUGAGGAUACUCAAACUUGAUGGUGAUGAGAGAUUUCCACCAUGAGUGCUCUUCGUUCAGGAAUCUUGAGAUUGCCGUUUUGAUCCAAGAAAGCCAUUUUCCCCCAAAACCCAUCCUGCGCAUACAAUGCAGAAGGAAGUUCCAGUUUACAUGGUCAAAAGCUUUUUCUAUAUCAAACUCAAGGUUCCACCAUCUGCUGGAAUGUGCAAUUCAGGUACACGUUCAGGGGUGGUAUCCUGCAGAAAUACCAGACCUUCCAUCAACUCUUGACUUCUAUAUCCAUCACCUGGCUACAAGGUCCCGUUGAUAGGCCUCUUUGUCUACUUCCCGGAAACAAAUUCUCUGUAAGUGAUUGUUAUUCAUCACUGACCAAAGAAGUAUUUCAAGGCCUCGGCAACACAUUCCCAGCAUGUACAAUCUGGAACUCAGCUGCCCCUCCAAAGAUUUCUGCAUUCAGUUAGCUUGUUUAUCAAAGGGAAGAUUCUCACUAUAGAUCAACUUAGGCUGCGAGGUUGGUCAAUCCCUAAUCACUGUUGUUUGUGUUUUGAUGCGGAGGAAACUACUGAACAUCUUCUUCUUCACUGCACAUUCUCUUCAAAAGUGCGGGCCAACUUCCUUAUUCGGCUGCAACUGCACGGUCCCCUCCCUCGCCUAUGCAGCGUCCUGCUCAUUGAAUGGAAGCAUCCAACUCGCGGCUGUUGCUUCAAAAAAUCACUACAAUUGUUGCCUCUAGCCACCUUCUGGACCCUGUGGAUUGAAAGGAAUGCAAGAGUUUUCAAAGACAAGAAAGAAAGUAUUGCCACUACAACUGCACAAAUUAGCUAUUCAAUUUGUGAAUGGGCAGCUUUCCACAAGGAGGUCUCUGGCAACGAAAUUCAAGCACUUCAUAGUUCAUACAAUGCUCAUUGGUUGUAACACCAACCCCUCCUUUCAGCCUCAUUGAAAUGUUUAUUUUAAAAUUGUUCUGGUUCUUACAUUUUUCUUUAUGUAAUCAUCAGGAGCUAGUCCAUUUCUUAUGGACCCUCCACCUUUAAGAUGGAAUAAAAUUUCAGCAUCAAUUCAUUAAAAAAAAAACUUGUGCAAUUCUUUGCUUCUGAUGGAGAACAGUUGAUCACAAGGUUGAAUUAAUUAAGGUAUCGUUUGCUUGUGGGAUUUGGGUGAUGGAUUUGGUAUCAAAUCCCAAGCAUAAUGGAAUUGGCACAAGUUCAUUGUUUGCUAAGGGACACAAAUCCGUGAGGCCCAUAAAUUUGCAAAUCCCACAUUUCAUUUGGGAUUUGAUAAUGGAAGGCAAAAUGUGAACAAAUCCAUCAUGAAUCUAUGACAAAAAUAAACUACACAAACAAUGUACUCUUCCAAAUCCAUAAUGCAACAAAUCCAUCAUAAAUUCAAAGGUUUUGAAAACUCAAAAACCCUCAUUUUCAAAUCCAACAAGCAAACGAGGCCAAAAAGUUUAUUUUUUUUGUGGUAGCUUCCUCUUGGCAAAUUCGUUCUAGGCCCGUUUUAGGCAAAGCAAAGGUUAAGGGUUUUGUAUUAAUUGGGGAUAUCAAGAAUGGAAACAAAGAAAGGUUUAGUUUGAAAAUCGAAAUCAAGUCAAAUUAAAUUCAGUUUCGUGGAGAUAAAAUCAUUGUACACUUUUGUUGGCAAAUGCAAUAUAGCACAUUAAUCGUACACUUUGUCAUACAUUGGCGAUAAAAGGAUAACCACGUCAUUAAUAUGCAUAUAUAAUAAAAAUUGGCAAUUAAUAAGGCGAGUUUUAAAAUAAUUAAAGAGAUAGCAAAAAUAUUACCUCGUAUCUUUAGAAGGAACACAUUAUAUAUAAAAAAAGAGGUGUUAUAAAUGUAUGAUUGUCAAGAAGCAUUUUUCUAUCUAUUGAUUUAUAUAUUGUGUCUCAACUCUCGACCGUAAGAGUAAGAAAUCUAUUUGAGUAAUAAGAGUAUUCUUCCAAAUCUAUUUGAGUAAUAAGAGUAUUCUUCCACUUCACUGUAGCUAAAGCUUAAAACAUUCUUUUUUGUUUUUGUUUUUUGAAAGAGACCUAUUAUAGGGUGCUAUUAGAGAGGGCGGGGAAGGGGGAUACUAGCAUCGUCCCUGGGAUUCGAACCUAGGGCUCCAGGCUGAAAACCAGCGGUACGACCACUCGACCCGGCCUCAUUCACAAGGUUCUUUUUAUAUCUUCCUUCAUGUUGGUUAAUUUCAUUGCUCAUUUUGUCACUCUUUGUCAAAACUUUGAGGUAUUAAAUCUAAGUUUGUGUCAAUCACUUCCCCAUUUGAUAGAGCACUCAAAUCCAAUUCAUCCUCCAAGGUCUAAUAGCACGGGGAUACAAUAAUUAAUUUAGUUUUGAAAUUCUUACUUUGGAUCGAAACUACCAACCCUUAAAAGACCAUAUGAUCUACAAUUCAAGUUAAAUGAAUGAAAAAUGACCUCGUGAUUUUUCAAAUUACAUAUGAAUUUCUAUCCAAUUUCAAUGAAUCUACCAAAAUGAU